CUUAUCCUCACGCACACUAUGCAGGGUUCCUAACCCGCUGAGCCACAACGGGAACUCCCGCCUUAUCUUUUAAAGCAGACACUUCACUAUAAUCUCUUGCCAGUUUUGCUUUUUACCCGAGCUCCUAGAAGUUACAGGUUGACAGUGGUCGAGCCAGGCACAUCCCCAGAGCCAGGCACAACACCACGCGCAAUAUUUGUGGAAAUGAACCAAUAGGAAGUUGUGGUGAGGAGAACGGGUGACACAGUCCAGCAACUCACAGCCACAGCCGGAAGCGAAAGCCCACACUUUCUAGCCGAGGCCUGGACCCUGCGGGACGCCUUUUGUCCCAGGAUGCUCCGCGCAGGUCGAGUCCUGUGAUUGGCUGCUCGGAUCCACGUGAUGCCCGGCUGGCGGCGGCGGUUGCCGGGGUGACGGCUGGAGAGGUGGUGGCCUAGCUGACUCGGCGCGUGUUCCCGCGGCAGCGAAGCAGAGAUUUUUGCUGUGAGAAUUAGCAGUAGCGGUUCAACAUGGGAGACAUUCUGGCUCAUGAAUCAGAAUUACUUGGACUAGUGAAAGAGUAUUUAGAUUUCGCCGAAUUUGAAGACACCUUGAAAACAUUUUCAAAAGAAUGCAAAAUAAAAGGAAAACCAUUACCUAAAUCAGCAUGUGGCUCUUUAAGGGACUCCAAACCAUUGAUAAUCCAGAAGGACCUCCUGGCUGCCUUCGACAGUGGAGACCAGAGGGAGUUCUUCGAUUUGUGGGAGGAGCACAUUCCCCGUUCCAUCCGAGACGGUGACUCCCUCGCCCAGAAGUUGGAAUUCUACCUCCACAUCCAUUUCGCCAUCUACCUUCUGAAACACUCCGUAGGGAGACCUGACAAGGAGGAACUGGAUGAGAGGAUUUCCUAUUUCAAAACCUACCUGGAGACCAAAGGGGCAGCGCUGAGCCAGACCACGGAGUUCCUCCCUUUCUAUGCGCUGCCAUUUGUUCCCAAGCCUGCGGCGCACCCCUCCUUCAAAGAGCUCUUCCAGGAUUCUUGGUCUCCAGAAUUAAAGCUGAAGUUGGAAAAGUUCCUGGCUUUAAUAUUUAAGGCCAGUAACAUGCCAAAGCUUUUCACAUUAUAUAAGGAGAAUGGACAAAGCAACAAAGACAUGUUGCAGCAGCUCCACCGGCAGCUGGUGGAAGCUGAGCGUCGGUCAAUGACGUACCUGAAACGGUACAAUAAGAUCCAGGCGGACUACCACAACCUCAUCGGAGUCACCGCGGAGCUGGUGGACUCUCUGGAGGCCACAGUCAGUGGCAAGAUGAUCACCCCGGAGUACCUGCAGAGCGUCUGUGUCCGCCUCUUCAGCAACCAGAUGCGGCAGAGCCUUGCGCACAGCGUGGACUUCACGAGGCCCGGCACGGCUUCAACCAUGCUAAGAGCCUCCCUGGCACCCGUGAAGUUGAAGGAUGUCCCAUUACUGCCCUCCUUGGAUUAUGAGAAACUGAAGAAGGAUUUGAUUUGGGGGAGUGACCGCUUGAAAGCCUUCUUGUUGCAGGCUCUGCGCUGGCGCUUGACGACCUCCCACCCCGGAGAGCAGAGGGAGACGGUCCUGCAGGCCUACAUCAGCAAUGACCUCUUGGAUUGUCACAGCCACGGCCAGAGGAGUGUCCUUCAGCUGCUAAACUCAAAGAGUGACGUGGUGCGACAGUACAUGGCCAGGCUCAUCAAUGCGUUUGCAUCUCUGGCAGAAGGUCGCCUCUAUCUUGCCCAGAGCACAAAGGUGCUGCGGCUGCUGGAGGAAAGGCUGCGGGAGGAAGACAAGGACGUCAUCACCCGGGAGAAUGUUCUCGGGGCCUUGCAGAAGUUCAGCCUCAGGCGCCCGCUGCAGACGGCGAUGAUUCGAGAUGGCCUCAUCUUCUGGCUGAUUGACAUCCUCAAGGAGCCCGACUGCCUGUCCGACUACACGCUGGAGUACUCGGUGGCCUUGCUCAUGAACCUCUGCCUCCGGAGUGCAGGGAAGAACGUGUGCGCCCAGGCGGCCGGCCUCGUGCUCAAAGUUCUCUCGGAUCUGCUCGGCCAUGAAAACCACGAGAUCCAGCCGUAUGUGAAUGGAGCUCUGUACAGCAUCCUCUCAAUCGCAUCCAUUCGUGAGGAAGCAAGAGCAAUGGGCAUGGAAGACAUCCUUCGCUGCUUCAUCCGAGAAGGCAAUGCCGAAAUGAUCCGUCAGAUUGAAUUUAUCAUCAAGCAGCUUAAUUCAGAAGAGCUGCCGGAUGGAGCUCUUGAAUCUGAUGAUGAUGAAGAUGAGGAUGAUGAGGAGGACCAUGACACUAUGGAAGCCGAUCUGGACAAAGACGAGCUGAUCCAGCCGCAGCUCGGAGAACUCUCAGGCGAGAAGCUUCUGACCACGGAGUACUUAGGAAUCAUGACCAACACGGGGAAGGCGCGGCGGAAAGGGACAGCGGGCAUGCAGUGGGGUGGCCCUGAGCCCCUGCGCCGGCCCGUCACCCCCGGGGGCCACAGGACCGGGUACCCAGCGCUGGAAGACCAUCCCAUCCCUUCUCAGACGGUGCAACACGCCAGAAAUGGCUGCCUCCCAUCCCUGCCAAACGCCCACCUUCCUGUCUGCAAGGGGGGCAAGCCUGGUGCUUCUGAGACUUGCAUUUCCUCUUCAUCCGCCGUCGAUGCCAAGCCUGGAGAGUGGUUGCCAGCAGGACGUCAGGGAGAGGCUCGCCUGCCCCCAGCAGGGCCCCCAAGCCAGCCGAGGGAGCUGCCCCGGGCCCUGGACAGUGGCGAGACCACCAGGGAAUUUACAUCAGGCUUCCCCUACAAGCCCCGGGCCCCCCGCACCCCGGAGAUCCUGGACCUGAACCCACCCAAGGCCCGGGCAUCGGCGCUAUCCCCGCAGUUCUCGUGUGGCUCCCAACAGGUCAGCCGCCCAGGCUCCACAGCCUCCUCCACAAGGAGCCUGCAGAGCAGCCAGUGUUCCAAGAAGUGAGGAUGCCUUCCCCAGUGUCACCGUCCCCUCGCCCCACGACCAGCCAGCUUCCUGCUCCCGGCCAGCCAGCAGCAGCUGCAGGUGACCACUGUGAAGGGCCAGCUGUCUACAAGCCGCAAGGUGGCUUGAAGAGGACAGCCCUCCAGGGGUCCAGGAGCAGCCCCACUGCAGCCCGUGACCCUGAGUCCGGCCACGGUCCUUCCUGCACCACCGCCCCCCAGCCCCACUGUGGGGGGCAGCCGAGCCAGACCCCGGGGCCGGCCAUCUCCAUCCUUCUCCGUCUAUCUCGGCAGCUGGUGAGGCAGAGCCCAGGUGAGACAGGACGUUGGCCUCAGGGGAAACCAACCCUCCUCACCCGGACCAACCACAUGGAAACGGAAGGAAUUUAGAAUAAGGGACACUCAUUCCCAGGCCGGCGGCCUGAGCAGUGGACUUGAUAUUUUUCUCCUCUUCUAAAAUCUGCUAAAAAUAGAGUAGGCUCCCCUCAAUGGCCGGGAAGCCGGCUGUUUCAAAACAGCCCUGUGCUUCUGCACCCGUUUGAAGGGCUCAGAGGGUUGACCAGCUUAGAGCCAUUGCCCUCCCUCCCUCAAGACUAUAAGCGAAGGAAACAGUGCCACUGGCAGCGUGACCGGUCCCCGCUGGAGGAGGCCUGUGUUCCUUGACGAGGGUGACAUCAGGCCCCGUGUCUCAGGGCAGAGGGAGAAACUGCACCUGUGGCGCCAGCAGUGUUCCCCCUGCAGGGAGCAGAGUCUGACCUCUCCUGAAAUGGAAACUUUGAAAUAAAAUUCUCAGUAUUUA